GGUCAAUGGGACUUUUAUUUUGGUCCGGUGGUGUGAUGUCAUAAGGCUGCGCCGCGCUUCAGCAUCUGUUGUGAUUCGGCUGAAGAAAGAAAAACUCCUGGUGAAGCAACUGAGAUCCACAUGUCAACUAUUACAAAGAUGCCGUUUAUUAAAGAGGAGAUUGAAGAGACGAAGUUGGAGUUUAUUAAAGAGGAGAGUGAAGACAUGAAGAUUGAAGAAACAUUCAGAGUGAAACAUGAAGAUACUGAGGAACAAACAGACCUGAUGGCACUGAAAGAGGAGAGUGAAGUACUGAAUGAAAUGGAAGAGAAAUAUCAAAAUAACAAUCAUCAUGAUUUAAUUACUGGAGAAAAACCUUGUAGCUGCUCACAGACUGAAAACACUUCAUCACAAAUGAUGGCUCAAAAGACAGGGACUAUAAGUCAUUUCAGCUGCAAACAGUGUGGAAACAGAUUCAAUCAAAACACAAGCUUGAACAGGCACAUGGAAAUUCACACUGAGAAGCCUUACACGUGCCCUCAGUGUGGAAAGAGUUUUUAUCAUAAAGGACACUUUAAGGACCACUUGGUAGUUCAUACUGGAGAGAAGCCUUUCACCUGCCAACAGUGUGGAAAAAGUUUCACUCAAAAAAGAAGUCUUAAUAAACACAUGGUAGUUCACACUGGAGAGAAGCCUUUCACCUGCCAAAAGUGUGGAAAAAAUUUCAGCCAUAAAGAAAGUCUUCAUUACCACAUGAGAAUUCACACUGGAGAGAGCCUUUUUACCUGCCAGCAGUGUGGAAAAAGUUUCACCCGAAAAGGAAGGCUUGAUUACCACAUGAGAAUUCACACUGGAGAGAAGCCUUUCACCUGUCAACAGUGUGGAAAAAGUUUCAACCAAAAAGCAAGCCUUAACAGGCACAUGGAAAUUCACACUGAGAAGCCUUACACGUGUCCUCAAUGUGGAAAGAUGUUUCAUCAUAAAGGACACUUCGAAGACCACUUGGUAGUUCACACAGGAGAGAAGCCUUUCACCUGCCAACAGUGUGGAAAAUGUUUCAGCCGAAAAGGAAGUCUUUAUAACCACAUGAGAAUUCACACCGGAGAGCGGCUUUUCACCUGCCAACAGUGUGGAAAAUGUUUCACUCAAAAAGGAAGUCUUAAUUAUCACAUGGUAGUUCACACUGGAGAGAAGUCUUUCACCUGCCAACAGUGUGGAAAAAGUUUCACCCGAAAAGAAAGUCUUAAGUACCACAUGAGAAUGCACACUAUGGAGAGCCUUUUCAUCUGCCAACAGUGUGGAAAAAGUUUCACCCGAAAAGGAAGGCUUGAUUACCACAUGAGAAUUCACACCGGAGAGAAGCCCUUUACCUGCCAACAGUGUGGAAAAAGUUUCAACCAAAAAGGAAGCUUUAACAGGCACAUAAGAAUUCACACAAGAGAGAAGCUGUUUAUAUGUGGUUAAGGUGGAGUUUCAAAUGUAAAGAAACCCUUGAGUAAUACAUGAGGAUUCAUGUAUAAAUGGUUUUAUAUGUCUUCAGUGUGGAAUGAGUUUUACAGACAGGAAACACCUCAGGAAUCAUGUAAUUACUGUAAUAGAUGUUGUUUGUUAAAACGUACAGUAUCUAUAUUUAACAUGGUUUUCAAUGCUUAUGGCCUUAAAGACAAACGGAAUGUAUUGAGUGUGGAAUCUGUCUAAAAUUGAUGCUAGACAUCAAAUCCUUAACUACGGUGGCCCAGUAGUGCACAACACAACUAAAUUUAACAAGCAAACAUAAGUUCACAACACAACGGAAUCGAGCCACAACGCGACAGAAAUACUCCCAACCACUAGGGGUCUCUAUGAGCUCAGUAAAGUUAGUUUUCGUUGCCACUGUUCUAUAGAGUCGGCAGUUUUACAAAGAUAUAAAUACCAUGAUUAGGUUUAACAGUAUGUAACCACUGUAUAUCGACAUGAAAUAUUAAUUCAUAAUUAUCUACGUGCAUUAUAGCUGCAUAUUUAUACCUGUGAAUGAUUUGACACGCUACCACAGCGCAUGAUGAAGGGAACGUCUGCCAAUUCCACCAAGAGGUGGAAAUCUAAUAGACUGUCAACUCUAUAGAACAGAGGCAAGGAAAACUAACUUUACCGAGCUCGGGGAGCCCCCUAGAGGUCGGGAGCAUUUUCGUUGUGCUGUGGCUCGUUUCCGCUUUGUUGUGGAUUGAUUUCAUUGUGUUGUGGCUUUUUGUUGUGUUUUGAACUUGUGUUUGGUUUUUUGAUUUAGAUGUGUUGUGCACUACUGGGCCACCAUACUUAACAGCUGACUUACAUACUUUGAUGUCAUAUGUAAAUAGUAUGCAGUGUUAUGGGUUUGUAGUAUAUUUGUAAAAAGAAUGGUUUACAUUAUCUUACCAUCACCAGAAUAUGAUUUAGUGUACAUAAUUCACUUGACAACUGGAAAUAAAUUGAUUACAAACUCGUA